AUGAACGGUUUGUUUUUAGAAAUCACUGAUAUUGUUAUUGAAUUAUUAGAAGUUCUUUUAAACCAGAUACUUUACUUAAGAGAUGUUUAUCCUACUCAAAUAUUUAAAAAGCGACGUAUCUACAAUACACCAGUUUACGUAUCUAUUUAUCCACCAUUAAACUCCUACUUACAUAAUGUCUUAAAAAGCGCCCGCGAAUUCUUAAAAAACAAAGAAUUACGUUGUUUGGAAGCGAAGCUAUACAAGGAAGAUUCGGAAGAAUACGAAGUUUAUCGUUUCAUGAUAGCUAAUACUAUCGCUUUUAAUAAAGAGAAACAAGACGAGUUUCUUAUAGAUUUUGAAGAGCAGAUGCGUGCUUCUUUAUACUUAAUGGCAGAAAGAUUAAAGCAUUUACCAAAAUUACCAAAUGAUGCGAGAUUUAAAGUUUUAUUGCAAACUACCCAGACGGCUUUUGUCAAAUUCAGUCAAAACCCCCAUCAUCAGGAUUUCCCAUGGCUUUGUGCAAAUUGUGUUGAUAAACCGACUUCAAAACAAAAAGAAAUUUCCUUAUUGCCUUUAACAUCUAUAAAUUCUCUGAAUAUAAGUCUUAUGGCCGAUAUUGUCCGCUAGAAAUUGC